AUGGUCUCCACUGACACUGACCACAGGGAGGUGGCCAUAGUCACUGAGCAGUGGGAUCAAGAAGCAGAAGAACCUCAGCUCUCAAAGUGGUUUAAUCCUAAAAAACGUCCUGAUGUAAUAACAACAACUGGCUGGCUUGCUCCAGUAAUAUGGCAAGGAACUUACGACAGACAAGUCCUGGAAAAAUAUUACAAAAGGCUGAACAUUACCAUAGGCUUGGCUGUAGACGCUUCUGGAAAGUUUUCAUAUCAAGACCUGCAACAGUUCAUCCAAUCCGCUAAUAAGCACUUUAUGAUUGGCUACAAUGUUAUCUUUUACAUCUUGGUGGAUAGCUUCUCCAGAGUCCCUCCCAUAGUGUUAGGUCCCCUUCGAACAUUUAAAGUAUUUUUGAUAUUCAGAGAUAGUAUGUGGGAAGACCUUAAUUUCAUAUACAUGAAGAAUUUACAUGACUACAUCAUAACACACAUCCAGCAUGAAGUCAACUUUCUCUUCAUUAUGACUGCAAACCAGAUCUUCAAAGAUGACUUUGGAGUGGAAACCCUGGGAAAAUCUGUAGCUCAACUUAGUGCAUGGUGGUAUUUUAAAAAUGUUAAAAAUUUCCCUUAUGAGAGAAGAUCUAAAUCAGCAGCUUUCAUCCCUUUUGAAGAAGGAGAUUUCUAUUACCAUAGUGCAAUUUUUGGUGGCACAGUCCAGGAGGUUUUAGACCUCAUUACGGAAUAUCAGAAAGGAGCUAUUCAAGACACCAAAAAUGGACUUAGUAGCACAUAUGAACGUCACCUAAACAAAUAUUUUUUUAUCAAGAAACCCACUAAGUUGUUAUCAUCAGAAUACAAUUGGGAUCCAAGUUUUAGAAUUCCUCCACAAAUUAAAUGUGUUAAGAUAGCAUGGCAGUCAAAAGGGGUUUGA